AUGGAUCCUGCCAGUGAGAGCAAUAAAGGCAUCUUUUGUAGAGAUGUCAAGGCCGACAGUCAACCAUGCGACUGCGAGGAAUUUUUCGCCAACUCACAGGAUAAGGGUCAUUGUGUGGAGUGUGGCCAUGGCCAUAGCAAGCACCCUCACAAUGUAUCAGGCUACAAAGUGGAGAAUAUUCAAGAUGAACCUCAUCCAAGUUCAUCAGCCGCCAUCAAGGAGAUAUUCGAUCGGGUAGCUGGUGGCAGGAGUGCCAAUGAAAAGUCAUCCACUACAAAGAUCGCAAAGAGACCAACCCAUACCCAGAAAGUCAAAGGAAUGGUCUCAUCAGAGAAACCAAGCAGGGGUGGCCAGAAUGAGAUACAGGCCAUGAGGAACUGCAGGUGCUACCUUGACCAGCAAUUUAGAGUCAACAGUGGAUGGUCAUAUGCAAAGAUCACCAAUAACCUAUGUACCUGGUUUCCAAAGGUCUUCAGAUACCUGGAUAUGCAAGUUGAAAAGCGAACAUUACAACCAUGGCCCGGCCAAGAAGAGAAAUCUGUUUGGUGCCUCCUGAACAAGUCUGGACUGGUAUUGACGGUUGUUGAUGUCGCAUUUCCAACUGGAAGUGACCUCGCAAAACAUAAGGGACGAGAAAAAGCCAGCCCCAGUGAAUGUCAUCUCUGGUUUGUAAUGAGGAAUCAGAUCCCUGACGACAUCUACAAAUCUUGGAACACACAGCCUGUCAUUGUGGGUUCAGAUUCCGAACAUGAUGGCAGUGACCAGCUUUUGUCUGAUACAGACAGUUCAGCUGUCGAUAAGUCAGACAACGAGCUUGACUCAGACCCCAAAGUGAAAAGAGUCCUUUCUCCUGACAAGUCACCAUCAGAUUCAAAGCAAGGGGCUCAAAAGAAAGUGAAGAAAGAAACGGUGUCAUUUCACAGUCGGGUACAUGCUGAUGCUGCUGCUGGCCUACGACUCAAGAAUGAACUGUCAUCUCCACCUGAAUUUAUGUCCUACAGCAGCAGCUGGCAGCCUCAACCAAACCUUUCUGGAUCAUUCAGAGGACCAUCCCCAGGGAAUGUCAGGAGGGAGUUUGCAACAAUUCUUGUUGGAGAUGGAGCCACCACUGUUACUGCAGAGUCAACUUCAAGCCCAGCAGUAACAAAUGAGCCUCGGUCAAUGCCAGACUCACUGAAGCCAGAAGACCAAAAUGUAGAAUCAAACAUAGAAGGUCCUGUUUAUUUCCCAAGCUUUGUAGACCUGCACCAACUGAGUAUCAGUAGAAUAUGGAAUGGUGGCGAUGGACCCAAACUUGAGGUGUUCUUGAAUGUUUCAGAAGAAGAUUAUACAUAUAUUUUGGAUGUUAUCAGAUCGGAUUGCAGAGUGGUUCACAAACUGUCAUAUAUUCCACAUCUUCAAAAACUCAUUGCCACCCUGCCUUCACCAAUACAUGAAGUGAUCCUGGUGCCUUUGCACACUGCAAUGGGGAUUAUUGUUGAUUCUCUUACCAUCCCUGAUGACUUCAAUGUUUCCUUGCCUAUCCACAUGGCGCAUAUGUUAGAGGCGCCCACUACAUCAGAUCUACCUCCCAAUGAGAGCUACCAGCUUGGAAUACCAGACUUAGUACUGAUGCUUCAGACAUGCGACACUGAUAUCCUUCCAUUAUGGCCAUUUGAGGUAUCUGUCUCUGAGACCUCUGAAAGUGCCAUUGGGAGGUUGCAGACCUAUGGUGAUUGGAACAAGAACAUCUUAGCUGGCACUCACAUCAGCAUCGUCGAAGCCCAGACACACGUUCCACCCACAUAUGAGUGGGGCAUCAAGAAGGAGCUUGAUCAGAGGGGGGUUCAGAUUAAGGACUUGGCAUGCUUGGAAGAUGGUGGAGUCGUGUCACUCUCUCAUACAUGGUACCACCCAACAACAGUCACUAUCACCACAUGGAUACACCCUCCCAACAAGCCCUUGAAUCUGAACUCUCAUCAGUGUGGAUAUUAUGCUACUGCUUUACUCUACCCUAAUCAAGACAACAAGGGCCUAGAGAAAGUCAAAUGCCAUAUCUACGACACACCUUAA